AUGGAGAGUGUGAAUGAUCUGAUCCAAGAGGCCAAGCUCCGCACUCUCUGGUGGGCCCUCUGUAUAUUCGCCGUUUCCUAUUUUCUAACUCAUACAAGUAAAUCAAUGUGGAUGAAUGUACCCAUGUCAAUCAUAUUUGCUGCGGGGCUGCGUACUCUUUUUAAUCGGGUGGAGUUCCGUUGGAAGGUUCAACAGCCUAGACCACAAACCUACUUAUCUCAUUUGGAGAAAAAACAGUUGUCUCUGAAUGAUCCACGCCUUACUAGUUUACCUCCCCCUGCGAAAUGGAAGAGAAAAAUUGAUUCUCCUGUCGUGGAGGCUGCAAUGAGAGAGUUCAUUGAUAAGAUUUUGAAGGAUUUCGUUGUGGAUUUGUGGUACUCAGAUAUUACUCCAGAUAAGGAGUUUCCAGAGCAAAUUCGGGCAAUAGUCAUGGAUGUUCUAGCUGAAAUAUCAGGAAGGAUUAAAGAGAUAAACUUGGUUGACUUGCUGACAAGGGAUUUAGUAGAUUUAGUAGGUGAUCACUUAGAACUUUUCAGAAGAAAUCAAGCUGCAAUAGGUGUUGAUGUGAUGAAAACAUUAUCUUCUGAGGAGAGGGAUGACAGAUUAAAAUUCCAUCUACUGAAUUCUAAGGAGCUACAUCCAGCACUAAUAUCUCCUGAGAGUGAGUACAAGGUUCUUCAGCAGCUAAUGAGUGCGGUUUUAGCUACAGUACUAAGACAACGAGAAGCUCAGUGUCCGCUGAUUCGUUCUGUGGCUCGAGAAUUUGUAACUUGCUUGGUAAUGCAGCCUAUUAUGAAUUUGGCAAGCCCUGGGUAUAUUAAUGAACUGAUUGAAUCUCUUCUACUUCUCCUUAAUGAUGAUGGUACGGAAGGUAUGGGCAGUAAUCAGUCAACUAAUGUAUUAAGUCACCAUCAUGGACAUUCUGUUGUCAGUGAGGGUGGACACAACAAUCUCACAGCCUCUAAUAAGCAUCCAUCUUUGAAUCAAGGAACUGAUAUGAUAUUGGCUAAAAUGAGUGACCAAGCAGGGACAUCAUUGCAAGGUAACAUUCUCCAUCAAGAAUCUUUACCGGCCAGGUCUGCUGAUUGGGCACGGAUGUUGGAGGUUGCAACUCAGAGGAGAACUGAAAUUCUUAUGCCUGAGAAUCUUGAGAACAUGUGGACAAAGGGAAGGAAUUACAAAAGGAAAGAGAACAAAAUUAUCAAAGCUGGCUUUCAGGACCUUCCUGCUAAGAGUCCCUCUACAGACAAUUCACUGCCUCAUAGAAAAUUGGCUCCGGAAACAUCAUCAAGUAAAGGUGGAAAGUAUGAAGUUUCAGAGGGGAAGUCUUCUCUUCGAACAUUGCGUGCCUUGGGUUCAGAUCCCCUACAAAAUGUUGCAAAUGCAAAAAAUCCAGAAUCUUCUCAAAACCCUUACCAGGAAUUAUCUUUUGUGAAAGACCUUGCUACUGACAAGUAUAAAAGUCCACUAAAGAGGUCAAAUAGUUCUUCUUCCAUAGGAAACCUCACUAAUAAAGGAGGCUCCAUAAUUUCAGAAUUUUACAACCCUGAAUUUGAAAGGCACAGUGAAGGAUAUCAGGGAAAAAGUUCUUCUGACAUGAUUGUUAGGAAAGAAGGGCCAUUAGUUCCUAAGCUCCGGUGCCGGGUGUUGGGAGCAUAUUUUGAGAAACUUGGCUCCACAUGUUUUGCAGUUUAUUCAAUUGCAGUGACUGAUACACAAAAUAAAACUUGGUUUGUAAAAAGAAGAUAUAGGAAUUUUGAGCGGUUGCAUCGGCAUCUUAAAGAUAUUCCCAAUUACACAUUGCAUUUGCCUCCUAAAAGGAUAUUUUCCUCAAACACAGAUGAUGCUUUUGUACAUCAACGUUGCAUUCAACUUGAUAAAUAUCUCCAGGAUCUCCUAUCAAUAGCUAAUGUUGCCGAACAACAUGAAGUAUGGGAUUUCUUUAGUGUUUCCUCAAAGAACUACUCAUUUGGGAAAUCUCCUUCAGUGAUGAAGACCUUGGCAGUCAACGUAGAUGAUGCUAUGGAUGAUAUUGUACGCCAGUUUAAAGGGGUUUCAGAUGGUUUGAGGCGAAAAGUUGUAGGUUCAUCAUCCCUCAUGAGUGAGGGAUCUGCUACAUCUACUACCACAUGGAACUUGUCCUGGAAUUCAGAUGAAAUUGAAAAAAGCAUUCCAAGGCAAAGUACUGCAGAAAGUGUCUUAAGCUCCGAUAAUGAGGAAGUUGACAAGAACAACAAUUUUGAUGAUGAGAAUAUUGUUAGGGAAGUAGCACAAAACAGUGGAUUGCAUUCUGACAAUGCAUUGAUCUCAAAGGGUUACUCAUCUCCAAUAAACAACCGUGAUGAAGAGUCCAACAUCUUGGAUUUGGGUAGAAAGCAUGAUCUGGUGGUAGAAGCUAGGAUUGGCAAUGAUGUUCCUGUUAUGAAUUUCAUUCUGAUUAAUGAUAAUUUGGAGGAUCCAGUUGGAGGGCCACCUGAGUGGACCCCAUCUAAUGUUAGUGUCCCUAUUUUGGAUUUGGUUGACAACAUAUUUCAGCUCAAGAAAAGAGGCUGGAUAAGAAGACAAGUCUAUUGGAUGUCCAAACAGAUAUUACAGUUAGUGAUGGAAGAUGCAAUUGAUGAUUGGCUGGUGAGACAGAUACAUUGGCUCCGGAGAGAGGAAACUGUUGCCCAAGGGAUUCGAUGGGUCCAAGAGGCCCUCUGGCCAGGUGGAACGUUUUUCUUAAGAGUAGGGACUCCUCAGAAAAUAAAUAGCGACAGUGAUCAAACACCUUCUCAAACAACGAGCAGUUCAGGUGGAAGCAACCUCAUGAAAUCUGAGUCAGGCUCGUUUGAGCAACAACUUGAGGCAGCUCGUAGAGCAAGUGACAUCAAGAAACUGUUGUUUGAUGGAGCUCCAACAACUUUAGUCAGCCUAAUCGGCCAUAAGCAGUACAGACGUUGUGCCCGGGAUAUUUACUACUUUAGUCAGUCUAAUAUAUGUGUGAAACAACUUGCUUAUGCAAUUUUGGAACUUGUACUUGUGUCAAUCUUCCCUGAGAUGCGGAAUGUUGUGUUAAGUAUUCACCAAACCGGAAAGAAUUCUUCUAGAUGA